AAUUCUACUCACCUUGCAGCAAAUGACACAUAACGCUAGCUCACAGGCCGGAGAAGCGAGCCGAGCCGAGCUGAGCUGAGCCAAGCGAUGAUAGAGACGAUGAGCACAUGAAAAAACGUCGGUACCUCGAAAAAUAUCAACCAUGGCUGCUGCUCUUUAUGUCUGCCUUCUCUUUUGGUACCUCCAAACCAACGCUGUCGCAGUAGAGCUGACCCCACCACAGAAAGUGACUGUGAUGGCCUUGAACACCAAUUACACACUGAGCUGGGACUGGGACCAGAGUGCUGCAGAGGGUCAUGCUGUCACCUUCACCGCACAAUAUGUUGCGAAGUACAAGCUGAAGUUCACGAAGAAGAGUCCGAGCUGGCACGUGGCGUGUGAGAAGACGUCACACAGGUCAUGUGACCUUUCAGCGUUCAGCCUGCACUACCUGGGCAUCUUCGUGCUUCGUGUACGAGCCAACAUGAACGGGCAUCAUUCUGACUGGGUGCAGAAAGAAUUCUGCCCUGAUAAAGAUGCUGCUGUGGGUCCUCCAACCAAAGUGGACCUUUCUCCUGCUGGAAGUGACCUAGACGUUUUCAUCUCAGACCCUCUGACCACCACCAACAGCUCCAUGAAGAACCUUCUUCCCAAGCUGUACUACCACAUCCUAUACUGGGAACGCUCUGUAGACGCACAGGCCUUAAGACCCCAGACGUUGAGUAGCAGUGCCAACGUGGUGACUUUGCCAAACCUGAAGGCCUGGACUUGGUACUGUGUGAGCAUCCAGUCACGCUAUGACUUCUACAACAAGAGCAGCAGCUUCACCUCACCCCACUGCCUGCAGACAGAAGGUGCUACUCCAUGGUGGAAGAUCUUUGUGUACUUCCUUGGCUCUCUGGUGAUCUGCUUCCUGGUCAUGCUGCUCUCAAUCUACUGCUUAUUUUGGUGCUACAAGACCAUCAAGGCAACCUGGUACCCCUCCACCCAGGUGCCUCAAUACUUGAAGGAGUACCUUUGGGACUCUCCUGGGUCUGACAUUCCUCGCCUCAUCACCCCAGAUUCUGAAUCAGAGCUGUUGUGUGAUAAGGUGACCGUCUGCCCAGAGCCACCGGUCCUGGAAGUCCACAACCCUCCCCCUGAGGCCCUGCCAGCGCCCCCAUCAGACCUGGAGCCAGUCAGCAGCGGCAGACACAGCCGUCAGGACAGCAGCGGCAGCGGAGACUCAGGAGUUUACUCCACAGGGGGCAGCUCCAGCCUGCGGCAGCCCAACAGCAAUCAAUCCUCCACGGGGGCCGAAGACUCCUGGCAGGGCCCCUUUGACAUGGAGCAGGUGAAGAUGCGGGACAUGGCUCCAGGGCUCAAAAGUCAACUUCUGACCGCAGACGAAGGAAUUGUAGACAUGUGUGUUUGAAGGCAUGCAUGCAAAAAGAUGUGUUGAAGCGAGGGUGAUAGUAAGGAAGAAAGGUCUGUGGAAAAUGUGCAGCGUGCCUUUUCUCCAGCUGUCACUGUGAAACUGAUAUAAACAGUGUGGAAAAACGACUGCUAGAAAACACAAAAUGAUGAGUGACAAACUCACAUAAGGAACAAAACUGAUCUGCUGUGCUAUCACUGUGUUUCCAACUUCCAAGGAGGAACGCUGUGGUCGUCACUGUUGACACAGAUGCUUUUGAAGACCUACCAGGAAGGACUGUAUCGUGCUGAUUUCAGUCUGUUGUGAAUUCCCUUCUCCACCUUCUCUCCAACAGCCACUGUCUUAACCCUGAUCUGAUUGAAUGUGGCGGAGAGGAUUAGAGUGUAUCUGUGUGCCAUUUCGCUUUAAUAAUGCUUUUAAGAGUCAAAUCAUGAUUUUUAUCUCUUUUACUGUUGCAUUGCUUUAAUGAGUUAACAUAAGUAGCUUACAUAAAAUAAAAUAAACAUAAGCAGAUGAAGUCAAAUAGAGUGACUUCAGAGCGUACGAUUGACACCAACAGUGGAUGUGACUGUUCUCAAAGCACUGUUGUAUUUGCAGAGAAGUGGGAAGCUUUGACUGGAGUCAAUCUAUUGUCUGUUUUGCACCUACAGAAGAGUGCAGUGACUUUUCUCAAAACAUAAUGACGUUAGUUGGAAACAGGAGCACAUACACUCGCCGGUUUAUUGGGUACACCUAGCGAAAACUAACGUAAUCUAAUGCAACAGUUCUGCAGUAAAGCCUACCUUCAUGAAGGUUAUACUGUUUGUUUUUGUUGAAACUGUUUGAGAGGUGUUGAUUCAACUGUAUGAUCGUGCUGAGGAUGUAGUUUGUGGGGCUGUUUAAUUACCUCCGCCAAGGAGCUAAUGUUUUCGGUGCCGUUUGUUUGUCCGUCUGUCAGCAGGAUUACGGACUUACCGUGGCAUAGGCCAAGGAAGAACCCAUUCAAUUUUCGAGCGGAUCCAAAUCACGGGGCAGAUACACAAUUUAUUUUUCACUUUUGUUAAUAUUGCAAGAUAGGUCAGUUGUAACACAAUUUGUCUAUGGCAAAAUGAACUGAAUUCAUCACGCAUGCGCAAACCCGUCGUAAUGAAAGUGAAUGGUGUGACUAACUAAACAUACACCAAAACAUAACGGCCACUUCAAACAGCUGGAGAAACAAACGCAGCCGCUAUGGAAAAAAUACGCAAUCAGGGAUGUGAGACGAUGAGGCUUCAGCUAGGCGCAAUCAUACUGAAUUUUGACAUACUAUAAUUCUAGUAGUUUUGGAAAUAUAUCCAGACAUAUAUAGUGGUUUUGCUUGCAGAUUUGCAUAUAAUAGAAAACUGGACUAUUGGCCUUGGCGGAGGUCUGCGCUCUCCGAGUGCCCUUCUCAUUGUAUUGUGUUACUGACGGGUGUUUGUUAUUUGGCCUACCCACAUUGAUGUAAAGGGUGGACAAAAUAAAUGAAACACCUGUUAGGUCAUUGCCAAUUAAGGGUAAGUGAUAUUUACAAUUGUAAAUAUCACUUUUUCCAACAUGUCUCUGUUGUUUAACAUUUUGCUGAAUGUUGCUCUCUGUGUUGAUUUAGAAGAACUGGAACAGAGAAAUCCACUUUAAAAAAAAAAAAAAGUCUUUUAGUAUCCUUUAGGCUCACCUCACAGAUAUCUGAUGCUCGGUAGGUAGGUACCAGGGAUGUUCUGAGCGGUUUUAAGCCUGUGCACAUCCCAUGCCAGUCAGGAUGCUUUCUGUUGCUCCUCUGUAAAUAAGAACUUGGCACAGGAAUUUUACCUUCUUAAGUUUCCUUCCCAGGAACCUAAAUCUGUUCACCUGCUCCACCUCAGCUCCACUGAUGUAGACAGGAGUGUGUGUCUUUGCCGCCUUUUUCCUAGAAUCAAGGAUCAGCUCCUUGGUUUUGCUGACGUUGAGCAGUAGGUUGUUCUCUGUGCACCGCUCUGCGAGACUGUCCAAUAAUCCAUCCAAAAAAGAUGCUCCCCAUCAAAUGGAACAUUUUCUAUCCAGUUUCAUACUGAAGUAGUUCUGUGUUGUUUCUGUGUCAAAAACAAAAGAAAGGAAGGAGUUAGGAAUUUAUUUCUGUCCUUUGGUUUUUCAGUUUCUCAUCUAAUUGUCAAAGAAAUAUUUUUUUUUUAAAUACUUUUUUGCCCUUAUUAGAUAGGAACAGCUGAUUUGAGACAGGAAGUGUGGGAGAGAGGGCAUGACACGCAGCAGGGCUGCGGGCUGGAAUCGAACCUGGGCGCCCCAGCAAAGAAAUUCAAUAAGAUUUUAUACCCAGUUAAAACGUAUUAGUAGUCACUGUCUAUGUAUGUGUCUCUGAGAGAAGCUUGCAUUCAUUUUAACACGAGCAUUUGAAGGCAUUUUUAUUCUACCAUUUAUGAUUCUUAUAGAAUCUUGGAGCCAUAUUAGUUUUAUUUGUAUCAAGACAUAUAAUUAUUUGUAUCUCAUAUUUGUCUAUAUUAUUUCCACCUCUGUUCAUCUUUCAUGCUUGGUUUUUGUGUUUUGUUUAUCAAGAUCACUUAUUCUGUGACUUCACAUUCAGCAAAGACAGAAAGAAGCUUAGCAAACUGAUUUUGUGAACAAAUAUAGCAGGGAGAGGGUUGUCCUUGUACAGUUUAUUAAACAACUUUCAUCGUCAUCUGCUUUGUAACAACAAAUACGAAUUGCCUUUUCCUGAAUCUGCAGGGCUGGGAUGUCUGGGUGAUAUUUUGAGGCAGCAAACAUCAGGAAAUACGCAAAAUGGGAACAAAUCAAACUCAGCAUGUAGAAUGUAAUGGGGACAAAUAUGAAGUCACGGCAAUUCAAGGUAAUAUAAAGUUUUCCAAGACCACAGAGUGCACAAUUGAUUAUACUUUUGGACAAUUCAAUUAUUCAAUUUAACAAUUACGUUUCCUCAAGCGUGAUCCAGUUUGACCUUUUCCUUGUUGCAGCAUUUCCAACCUGCAUUGCCUCAACAUCUUGCCCAUCACUGUCUGUUGCAACGUUUGUUGAACUUGUAUAUAAGCAUAUUGUGCCACAGUGUACUGGUGUGUGUGUGCACAAAGCAGUGGUGUUGUCAGUGUAUGUUUCUGGUCUCACAUCCAUCAACCAUUGUAUCUACUGUACCCAUGUUAAUGGACAAUCCUAAAAAUGAAUUAAAUCACCUCUAAUACCAAA